CGACAUGAGGAUUUUAAAAUUGAUUCGUACAAGGACGACAAGGCAAAGCAUCUUUAUACAAACUGGUCUUUUACAUGAGCAUCUUUCAGAUUGAAAAUGAGUGGGAAUGAAACUCCAGAGCUGCCGAUCAUCAACCUUUCUGACAAGAACCUGAAACCGGACACAGAGCUCUGGAACUCAACGAGAGACCGCGUCCGUGAAGCCAUGGAACAUCAUGGAUGGUUUGUGGCGGAAUACAACAACUUUCCAGUAGAACUUCACCAGUCGAUUCUGGGGGCCGCUAAGGAACUACUUGAUCUUCCUCCCGACAUCAAGAUAAAGAAAGACAACCACAAGGCCGGGCACGGCUACAUCACCAUGAUGUCAGAUGCUCAGCUCGUUCAUGAAGGCCUCGGUGUUGACCAAGUCAACGAUGUUCAACAGUGCCGCCGAUUCUCUCGUCUUAUGUGGCCUGAUCAUCAUGACAACGACCGUUUCUGUGAAAUCGUUCAUGCAUAUGCGAAAAUGCAAGCGGACCUCGAGCAACUUGUGAUAAGGAUGCUCUUCGAGAGCUUUAACUUGGAGAAGUAUGUAGAUAAACACAUAGAAGGAACACGCUACCUUCUUAGAUUGUUAAAAUACAGGAGACUUCCUAAUGGAGAACCCAACAGGAAGUUCAUAUCUCAUACGGACAAGACCUUCAUUUCCAUUCUCCAUCAGAACCACAUCACCGGACUCAUGUUGAAAUCCGAGAAAGAGGAUGUUUGGUAUCCUUUUAUCCCUUCACCUACCCGGUUUGCUGUUAUAGCAGGCGAUGCCAUCAUGGCGUGGAGCAACGACAGAAUCAAGGCGUGUUACCACAAGGUUGAGAUGGAGAGCGUGGAAACGAGGUACUCAUUAGGGUUCUUUUCGUUCCAAGAAGGAAUAAUAUCGACACCAGAGGAGAUGGUGGACAAGGACCAUCCUUUAGCGUACAAACCAUUUCGCCAUGAUGGACUUCUUGAGUACUAUGAGACAUUGGAGGCUCACCGUACCAUGACCAAGGCCUAUUGUGGCAUACCACAAACCUGAUCAUUCUCCACCAAAACCUAUCACUUUCGUUAUCUUAUUAGCUGUAAGAUGUCUGCAUUUGAAUGUGUUUUAAGACCUCUUUCUUCUUUUUGGUUCCUGGAACAAAACUCAAAUAGUCAAAUGUUUUUUUUUUUUCUCUUUUUGUUCGGUUCCGUAAUAAGAUACUACUAUAUAUUUGUCCUUGGUUGACUCUAUUAACGGGCCUUGUUUACAUUAGCAUGGGCCUUAACUAAUAAUAGUUAUCAACCUCGAUCC